CCCCCCCCCAAUGGAGCUUUAACGGCGGCCGGGCGGCGGGAGCGGACCGAGGGGGGAACAGGCUCCUCCUGGGCGCCAUGGCGGCGCUGGCCCCGUCCUUGGCGGCCUGGCUGCUGCUGCUGAGCCCUCGCGGCUGCGGGCUCUGCGGCGGCCGACGGCCCCAACGGGACGUGCCGGGGCUCGGCGCGCUGCCAGCCCGGCGUCCUCCUGCCCGUGUGGCAGCCCGGACGAGCCGGCGGCCGGCGACAAGGCGGCGCGCGCCAUCGUCUACUUCGUGGCCAUGAUGUACCUGUUCCUGGGCGUCUCCAUCAUCGCCGACCGCUUCAUGGCCUCCAUCGAGGUGAUCACCUCGCGGGAGAAGGAGAUCACCGUCACCAAGGCCAACGGCGAGACCAGCGUGGGCACGGUGCGCAUCUGGAACGAGACGGUUUCCAACCUGACGCUGAUGGCGCUGGGCUCGUCGGCGCCCGAGAUCCUCCUGUCGCUCAUCGAGGUGUGCGGGCACCGCUUCCAGGCCGGCGAGCUCGGCCCCGGCACCAUCGUGGGCAGCGCCGCCUUCAACAUGUUCGUGGUGAUCGCCGUCUGCGUCUACGCCAUCCCGGCGGGCGAGAGCCGGCGCAUCAAGCACCUGCGCGUCUUCUUCGUCACGGCCUCCUGGAGCAUCUUCGCCUACAUCUGGCUCUACCUCAUCCUGGCCGUCAUCACGCCGGGCGUGGUGCAGGUGUGGGAGGCCUUCCUCACCUUGCUCUUCUUCCCGGCCUGCGUGGUGUUCGCCUGGGCGGCCGACAAGCGGCUGCUCUUCUACAAGUACGUCUACAAGCGCUACCGCGCCGACCCGCGCAGCGGCAUCAUCAUCGGCACCGAGGCCGAGCGCCCACCCAAGGACCUGGAGGCCGACGGCGGCUUCCCGGCGCCGGCCGAGCCCGAGCCCGGCGCCGCCUCGGCGUCGCCAACGGCCGAGGAGAAGGAGCUGGACGAGAGCCGGCGGGAGGUGAUCCAGAUCCUGAAGGAGCUGAAGCAGAAGCACCCGGAGAAGGAGCUGGAGCAGCUGAUGGACGCCGCCAACUACAUGGCGCUGGUGCACCAGCAGAAGAGCCGCGCCUUCUACCGCAUCCAGGCCACGCGGCUCAUGACCGGCGCCGGCAACGUGCUGAAGAAACACGCGGCCGAGGCGGCGCGGCGCUCGCCGGCGGCGGGCGGCGAGGAGGACGAGGAGGAGGAGGAGGACGAGGCGUGCAGCCGCAUCUUCUUCGAGCCGUGCCUGUACCACUGCCUGGAGAACUGCGGCUCGGUGACGCUGGCCGUGGCGUGCCAGCAGGGCCUGGGCGCCAACCAAACCUUCUACGUGGAUUUCCGCACCGAGGACGGCUCGGCCAAGGCGGGCUCGGACUACGAGUACAGCGAGGGGACCCUCAUCUUCAAGCCGGGCGAGACGCGCAAGGAGCUGGCCAUCGGCAUCAUCGAUGAUGAUAUCUUCGAGGAGGACGAGCAUUUCUUCGUGCGGCUGCUGAACCUGCGGGUGGGCGACGCCGAGGGCAUGUUCGAGGCCGACUGCGAGGAGCACCCCAAGGGCAAGCUGGUGGCGCCGCUGGUGGCCACCGUCACCAUCCUGGACGACGACCACGCCGGCAUCUUCGGCUUCCGGGAGCGCUCGGUGCGGGUGAGCGAGUGCCAGGGCCACGUGGAGGUGACGGUGGUGCGCAGCUCCGGCGCCCGCGGCACCGUCAUGGUGCCCUUCCGCACCGUGGAG